GACCAGACGGGAGGGAACAAGAGGAAGAGGCAAAGCAAGAGGAUUUACUCCGCCCAAUUCUGUCCUCGUGAGAUAAGACAUUUUUGUUUGGACGUCUAUGAGAGCGUGUCGGAUUACGUGAAGCUUAUUUGAUCGAAUAUGCAUUUCAUAAUGUUUAGGCUGUUGCAAAUGUAAUGAUAUAAGUGGAUGAACGUGGCAUUCCGGCAACUUUCAGAAAAACUACUUAGUUGUCCCUGUUGUUCACACGUGUAUCUGCACUCUCAUUGGCUAGAAUUGUCCCACCUGAUCUCGUCUGCCUUCAAUAAUUGAGGACAUGUAUUUCCAUUGUUAGAGCGGUCCCUCGGCUAUCUUGUAGGCUAAAUAGAACAUAUCAUCUUUGGGAACAAUGAAAGAGCUGUCUGGUAGUGCCACAGAGAGAUUGAGAUUGUGAACAGUUGUGAAAGGGAUAGUAAAAAACGAACCACAUAUUCCCUUGCUUGGAGUAACAGACAAUACCAGCCUGACGCAUCGAUGAGAAAUUGAGACACAGUGAAUAGGUGCAGAUAGAGAGUCGGGUCAUUUUCCACGCAGGUUGAAAAGUAUGCUGCAAAUGAAUGAAUUUCAUGUGGUGCUGAAUUGGGUCAUGCAGACCACAAGAAAAGCGAAAGACACACACACCCGCCUCCCGUUGCCUUGCAGGUUGAGCGGUGUGCGCUUUCCAUAGAGGAACGGAGCAUCUUGCCACCCAUUACCAAACCGUAGAAGAUAACGGUGUCAAUUCUCCAGUGGCACCGAAUAAUCCAAAACAGAAGAGUGCCUUUAAGCACGGAACCAAUCAGAGAAUUACCAACACAGACGAGAAAACGAGACACAAACCCGGACCGCAAUUCAGUUCACAGUAAUAGAUCUAAAACAGGAGAUAUCGUCGACCAGACCCCAGUGAAUCAACCGGUCAAUUGAAGAGUGCAGGUGCUCCUUGCACCGCGCGAAUGCAGGACCACGGAGGAGAGAGACAGGUCGCCAGCAGUUUGCCCCACAGCGUCAAGGUGAGCCUGUCUCUGUUGGGGCCGGGCCGGGUGGGUGGUGGAGGCUCUCCCAACUCCAAGGUGGGCUACUGCGGUGGUGGAGGAGUGCCUGUGGAGGACAUGCAGGCCCUGGCCAUUACCUCCCUGCCGGGUGCAGACGUGGCAAAACACUACGAGCACAUCCGCGAGCUGGGCAAGGGCACCUAUGGCAAGGUGGACCUUGUGGCACACCGCACACAGGGCACCAAAAUGGCUCUGAAGUUUGUGACCAAGAGCAAGACGAAGCUGAAGAGCUUCCUGAGGGAGUACAGCCUGACAGGAACACUGAGCUGCAGCCCAUUUAUCAUCAAAGUCCUGGACGUACUCUUCGAGACCGAGGAUAGCUACGUCUUUGGACAGGAGUAUGCCCCCGCUGGAGACCUGUUCGACAUCAUUCCUCCCCAGGUGGGUCUUCCGGAGGAGAUGGUGAAGCGCUGUAUGCAGCAGCUGGGUCUGGCUCUGGACUUCAUGCACAGCAAGAACCUGGUUCACCGUGACGUCAAGCCCGAAAACGUGCUCCUCUUCGACCGCGAGUGCCGACGCGUCAAGUUGGCUGACUUCGGCAUGACGCGGAGAGUGGGCUGCCGGGUGAAGCGCGUGAGUGGCACCAUCCCGUACACGGCGCCGGAGGUGUGCCGCGCCAGUCGUGCCGAAGGCUUCCUGGUAACCACCAGUCUGGACAUCUGGGCGUUCGGAGUGCUUGUCUUCUGCAUGCUGACCGGUAACUUCCCCUGGGAGGCAGCGCUGCCUACUGACGCAUUCUAUGAGGAGUUCCGGCGCUGGCAUCGUGCGGGGUGUCCCACGGCGGCCUACCCAUCCCAGUGGCGCCGCUUCACUGACGACGCCCUGCGCAUGUUCCAGCGGCUGCUAGCUGCCGAACCUGAGAAGCGAUGCGGCGUGAAGGACGUCUUCUGCUUUGUCAAGUACGAGCUGGUUAGCGAAUUCCGACGCCGUGCCUCCUGCCGAGCCAAGCGAAGCGAGAGGUCCAGUUCAUCUGGUUUAUGCCCUGCAGGCUGCACCUCUACCUCCUCUUUGUCCUCCUCCUCAUUGCGCUCCCACAGACACCCAGAGCCCUCCACUCCCCCAGGAACGACCUCACUCUUGCGCCCAGCGCCCCUGAAGAGGAGCGUCCUCUCUGACCCCCAGUCCCCUCAGGAGGAGUCUCCUGGCCAGCACCACUCUUCUCUGGGUCGAGAGAAGACCAAGGUGAUGGCUACUGCCAUAGAGAUCUGUGUCUGACAGAGACUGGAUGAGCAGCGGUAUCUGUGGGCGUUGCCAUGACGAUAUGAACCUGUGCAAGGUACUUGUAACGGCCAUUUUGACUGGAGUUGAAGGUUGACGCUGCUGAGAAGAAGCCCAAUAUCGAAUUCUUGACUGUGACACAGAUUGGUAUCAGCACUUACGGCAGUACACUCUUGGACAAGUCUUCACUAGCGCAUGCGUUUGUUAUUUUGAUUUGUGUCCUUAGACUGUUUUCUGAGUUGGAGAAGCGACAUUCAAGAGUCCACUGACUGACGUUGUUUUUUUCACAGCAGCUCGUUCCACUGUUCAGCUAUUUUGCUUCUUGGUACACACAUUAACAUGGCUAAUGAUGCUAAUAGAAACAGUUCUAGCCAUUUCUAAACAUUGGGUUCAGUAGAAACAUUCAAUGCUCCCUGACGACACAUUUCCAUUCUGCCUCCCUUCUCCCUAAUUUCUCUUAUUUUUAUAUUUCUUCUUCUGCUUCUCUCUCUAUAUAUAUAAAUACCUUUGACCUGGGGAGGCCCAAACCUUAGCUGAUCUAGUGACAUGCUUUAGAAAACUAGCUGAUCAGAGGGCCAGUGAUCCAAUAGGUCAAACUGAUCUUCUGUCUGACUGACAUAUCGCUGAACGAAUGGGAUUCCAUGGCAGUUCCGGCCAUUUCCAAAAUGUGAAAAUGGCUAUGGACAUAGGGGAGAAUGAUUGUUUUUCAAAAGGAGAAAAUAUAUGAAGGUGCCUCUCCAAUGUAGCAGUUACUAUGACAAUGGGACAUUGCUCAUCUAGACUGUCUGAACUGAGACAGGACCCUGCUGUCAGACAUCUCAGGACAUCUCAGCGGUUACUUCCUGUCUCAGAGUAACUUCCUGUUGAGGGUUACAGGUGAUUUCCUGUAGUAGACCAAUGUUUAAAAGGACACAUUUCAUUCUGUAAUAGUGCCUAAAUAGUUCAUACAGGCAUCUUCCAAUGUGAAAAGAAAUUAGAAAAUAUAUAAUUGCUUCUGUUGACAUUCAAAUGCUUGGAAACUGUUAUAGAAUAGAGGGAGUGUUUAUUUUAUAUUUGCUGUGUGUGUGUG